ACCCAAGUACCCAAUUAUCGAACCCAUGAAAAACAACCAACGGCCCCGGACAUGGAUAAUUACCAGGUUGGCGUAGAGUACCUCUCUGCCGGCGCAAAUAGGCAUACUGCCGUCGCAGACUGGGGUGACGAUGGGACAGUAGCCUUCGGUGCUGACUCACUAGUCGCUUUAUGGCGACCACAUAAUACAACACCAAGAGGUGUGACGAAUCUCCUUUCGGGACAUAAAGAUGUUGUCAAGGCUGUUAGGUUCUUACCUAAACUUGAGGGGGAGUCUUCAGCAUAUUUGCUCACUGGAGCAGAUGACCAGUGUCUGAAAAUUUGGGCGCUUUUGGCUAACAGCGAUGAACCUGGUGGCGCAUCAUGUAUUCAAACUGUGCAUGCUCAUACAGCGCCUGUAAACUGUAUAGCGACCCUGAACGGGAAAGCAUCAUCAGAUUCGGUGUCGAGGAUAUUUGCUACGGGCGCAGCAGAUGCCUCAGUAAAAGUGUGGGCAUUAGAAGGUAACGAAAUUCGCUUGAUACAAACCCUCAAGACUUCCCCGAAGUUCUUCCCACUAUCAAUAGCGUUGAGUACCCUCAGCCAGGGUGGUGAGGGAUUAGUUCUAGCUGUGGCCGGCACGAGAGAUAUUGUCCAAGUAUUCGUUGCAAGCUCUAGCACUAGCCCUGAAUUUCAACUUCAGGCCACCUUAUCAGGCCACGAGGGAUGGAUUCGGUCACUGGAUUUCACAUGGGAGGGUAACAGUCCCGAGAGCGACCUAAUACUAGCAUCUGCGAGUCAAGACAAAUAUGUCCGUCUAUGGCGAUUUCACCAAGGCAAAGAGUUACCCGCUGCAACAGCGAACGGGGCUGACCCAUCUCUGGGCGCAUAUCUACCUGGAAGGUCACCUUCAAACAAGGCCCAUCGGUUGCAAGCUGCGGAAAAAGACUAUUCUAUAACCUUCGAGGCACUAUUAUUAGGACAUGACGAUUGGAUAUAUAGUGCGAAAUGGUACUCUAACCCAUCUACCCGAAAACUUCAACUCCUCUCUACAUCUGCGGAUAAUACACUCGCGAUAUGGGAAGCAGACCCUUCAUCGGGGAUCUGGGUCACCACGGUACGGUUGGGGGAGAUUAGCCGGGAGAAAGGCGCUACGACCGCGACGGGAAGCACGGGCGGGUUCUGGACGGGUCUCUGGUCCCCGGACGGAACCUCGGUGGCGUGUCUCGGCCGAACCGGCAGUUGGCGAUUGUGGGACCACAGCGCGUCUCGGGACCAGUGGCUACCACAUAUCGGCAUCGGCGGGCACACGCGGUCCGUAACGGGCAUUACGUGGUCCAAGAACGGCGAUUUCUUGCUAUCCACCAGUGCGGACCAGACCACGCGGCUACACGCGAGCUGGAGCAAAGGCGGCGGGGCCGGGUCCUGGCACGAGAUGGCGCGCCCGCAGAUACACGGCUACGAUCUCAACUGCAUCGACUCCUUGGGCGGGUCGCGCUUCGUCUCCGGCGCAGACGAGAAGCUGAUGCGCGUCUUCGAGGAGCCGAAGGCGGUGGCCCGGCUUCUCCGCAGAUUAUGCGAUGUUGUCGGCUCUCGUGACGAGGACGUCGCGGCUAUGCCUGACGCAGCCAACAUGCCCGUGCUUGGGCUAUCUAACAAGGCAAUAGAGGCUGUCGACGACGAUCUCGAGGUCCGGGCUCCGGCGGCUACUGAGAUGGACCGGGACGCCUUGGACCCUGGAACGACUGUGCGCCGGUCCGCGCUCGAGAUCGAACAUCCGCCCCUGGAGGAUAGCCUAUCACGGCAUACCCUCUGGCCUGAAAUUGAAAAGCUAUACGGCCACGGCUACGAGAUUUCCUGCCUAGCAGCGAGCCACGACGGAACGCUUGUUGCGAGCGCGUGUAAAGCGAGUUCCGUUAACCAUGCCGUCAUCCGCCUCUUCGAGACCGAGAAGUGGACGGAGGUGAAGCCGCCGCUAACGGCGCAUUCGCUAACUACGACGCGAUUACGAUUUUCUCCCGACGACCGAUACCUACUUAGUGUUGGACGAGACCGGCAAUGGGCUGUUUUUGAGCGGGAUAGCGAUAACAAGCAGAGCUACAAGCUAUUGCAGUCUAACCCUAAGGGCCAUUCUCGAAUGAUCUUAGACGCCGCAUGGGCGCCUUCACUGAACUCAUUGGUGUUUGCUACAGCCGGCCGAGACAAGCAAGUCAAGAUAUGGCGGCAAACACCGGCCGACUCAGGAGAUCCCAAUAUCACUUGCGUGACGACGAUACCUGAAACACAUCCAGUUACGGCUAUCGACUUCUUACACCGAGACGCUGAGAGCAGCGCCUAUCUCCUGGCGGUUGGCACUGAGAUUGGAAAAAUAUCCAUAUAUUCGAUUGAUGCGACCUCGCUUAGCGUAUCUACAACACUGAAUCUAAGACCAGAAUUAUGUCUUGCGAAAGCUGUUUUGCAACUAUCGUGGAGACCGCAGCGAACUGCAAACGAGCUGGCGAUAGCUGGAGAGGAUGGCUCACUUAGAGUAUAUUCACUUUCAGAGAGAAAUCCAUGAUGUUUUGAGGCCAUCUAUGCGACUGUCUAAACACCGCCAUUAUUUGUCCAAAACGUAUUCUUCCUCUUGCACAGACAUUCAUACAUGCCUGCUUGUUGACGCCAAUUCUAUUGAUCCGAACGCCAGACCAUAUAUCUCUUAAACACGUUAACGCCGCAACUCGCCGCGCAUCUGGUCAAGCCAGCUAAUUAAAAUUAUUACAUGGAUCAUUUAUCAUCCGCGUGAUAUCUAGGAAAGGCCGUCUUUUUCGAAUCUCGUAAAGGGGCUUGCGCAUUA